AUGCCAAACCCACACGCCAUCACCGCCUCCGAGAGCUUCAAUGCCUUGCUGGAAGAUACUCUGAGCUGUCUCGCAAUUGCUUUCAUGUUCUGCUUCAUCAAUACGCUGGCCAGAACCAAUGUCUAUGCCAUGUACGGUUGCUCCUUGUCUUUGAUCCUGGCGUCCGCCCUCGGCUUCAUGUACACAUAUGACAUUCUCGCAGCCAAGCACUCGUCUUGGCCAAUCGUCUUUAAGGUCAUCAACUUAGUUGCCUUUACCAGCAUCAUCGCACAAGAGAUCUGGUUCAUGCACAAGGCUUACACACAAAUCUUUUCUAAAGAAAGGCUCAAAUGCGAGGAACUCCAGCUCAAAACCGCGAAACUCCUGCACCAGUGGGUAUUCAACCUGGAGAAGCAGGAGGAGAUACUCAGCAAGUGGGGGCACGUACUCAGCGAGCAGGGAGACAACCUCAGCAAGUGGGAGGAGGCACUUACUAAGCAAGAAGAAGAACUCAAAAAACGAAAUGAGCCAGCUACAAAAGCAGAGAGGCCAGAUCUAAAGGGUCUGGAAGUCGGCAGACAGCUAGUCAAACGUCUUGAGGACUUGAAGGAAGAGGCGCCAUGA